AGAAUGAUACAAUCCUGGAAAUGACCAAAGAUUUUGAGGUCAUAACAGAAUUUCCCAUUAAUGUUGAAGAAUUGGGCGAGGCUGUUAGCAUAAGUGUUGGAUGGGGUAAAAAAGAAACACAAUUCCAUGGAUCGGAAGGAAAAUCUGCAGCUCAAAAAGUAGUCGAUACGUCUAAUUUUACUCGAUCGGAAGAUGAUGACUUCUAUCCGCGCGUUUCUUGGUGCGGUGACGGUAGCAUGUUUUGCUGCUCUGUUAUCGAUCCUAAAAAAGGCAAAGGUGGUUAUAAAUG